AUCGCUUUUGUGUGAAUUCGAAUAACGACCUUGAACUUCUUGAAUACGUUCUUUGACAUCUCUGGUUUCGCUGUGUCAACUCGGACUGACAAAAAUUCGCCUUCCUCGGUUCAAUAUAUUGACAAUCGGUCAAGAUGCCAAAAUGGCCGACACACGACUCACAGCCGACCACAACAACGUCUCAAGAAGAAGAUGAAUUGUCUACGGCACCGCCUUCUGUGGUUCCCAAUGAUGUCGAAAAACAUGAAAUUGAGAAGAAUAUUGUCCCAGACAAAGUAUCUGCAUUUAAAGGAUUGGGAUGGCUAGAUCGUUUUUUGGCUGUGUGGAUUCUGCUCGCCAUGGCAAUAGGAAUUCUGUUAGGAAACUUUGUUCCUAGUACGGGUCCAGCUCUUGAGAAGGGCCAGUUUGUUGGUGUAUCGGCACCAAUUGCCAUUGGCUUGUUGGUAAUGAUGUAUCCGAUCUUAUGCAAGGUCCAGUACGAAACACUGCAUCUCGCAUUCAAGACCAAAGAGCUCUGGAUUCAAGUCGGUUUCAGCAUUCUGGUAAACUGGCUCAUUGCUCCAUUCUUGAUGCUGGCAUUAUCAUGGGCUUUCCUUCCGGAUGAGAGUGGCCUUCGCGAAGGUCUAAUUCUGGUGGGUAUUGCUCGUUGUAUCGCUAUGGUGUUGAUCUGGACCGGUCUUGCAGGAGGAGACUCUCAGUAUUGUGCAAUUCUAGUCGCGAUCAACUCGAUCCUGCAGAUGGUCUUAUUCGCGCCGCUCGCCAUCUUCUUCAUCAACGUAAUCAGUCACUCGCACUCAACCAUCUCGCCCUCUUAUUCGACAGUAGCCACAAGUGUCGCCGCAUUUUUGGGCAUCCCAUUGGCCGCAGCCAUCAUCACACGAUUCGCCAUCCGGAAGAUUUCACCGGCCUGGUACGAUCAGACCUUCCUCAUAUGGGUUGCGCCAUGGUCGUUGAUCGGGCUUCUCUACACCAUCAUCGUCUUGUUCGCAUCUCAAGGACAUCGUGUUGUCCACCAGAUCGUGUCAGUCGUACGAGUGGCAGCACCGUUGAUCGUCUACUUCUUCGCCAUCUUCAGUCUAACAUUGUGGAUCACACAUAAGCUUGGGUUCGGCUACAAGUUGGCGACGACACAGAGUUUUACGGCUGCAAGCAACAACUUCGAGCUGGCGAUUGCUGUUGCGACAGCGACAUAUGGUGCCAACAGUGAUCAAGCGUUGGCGGCGACGGUGGGUCCUCUGAUUGAGGUGCCUGUGUUACUCGGCUUGGUGUAUGUAGUGAGGUGGAUAGGCAAUAAACGUCAGUGGAAGGCUUAGAUAUAGUCAUAAUGAAUC